CACCAACACGACCCAACGCCUGAAUCUGUCCCUAAGAAUGAAUAUUCAUGUAGACGAACCACUAACACCCGCUGGCCGCGUGUUGGUGCAGCCGGCAAUGGAUCAGAUCAUCAACUGUGUUCUCGGACUAGAUCGUCCUGUCGGAAUACAACUUGUACGAUCUGUCAUCUCUGAUUCUCUCAUUAUAAACCACCCAAGAUUCACCAGCCUUUUGGUCAAAGAUAAUCAUGGCCGUGAACGCUGGAAAAAAGUCGAACUCGACAUCGACCGGCAUAUCAUCUUUCUCCCUGACGCCGUUGACGGCAGCAACGAUGACGACGAGGCGGCAGUCAACGACUACAUCGCCGACCUAACAGUCUCAUGUCCGCUCAGCACCGAUAAGCCUCUGUGGGAGGUACAUAUCUUGCCGGCGCACAAGUGCGUCGUGCUGCGUCUCCAUCACUCGCUCGGUGACGGAGUGUCUCUCCUGUCUUUGAUGUUGACUAUGUGUAGAAAAGUCAGCGACGCCGAUAAGAUGCCGACGAUCGAACUACCUCCAUCUUCUAGAAGCGACCGGAGAGAGAGUGCCGGAAAAAGAUUCUGGAAGUUGCUGAAAAUGAUAUGGUUUACGUUGAUUUAUACGUUUGAGUUUUUUUUGAGGUCUAUGUGGGUUCGGGACAAGAAGACGGUGGUGAGAGGCGGAGCAGGAGUGGAGCUGUGGCCGAGGAAACUGGCCACCGCGAGGUUUAGCCUUGAUGAUAUGAAAAUGGUUAAGAACGCCUUCGUAAGCACAACGAUCAACGACGUCCUUUUUGGUGUAAUAUCAUCGGGGCUAUCAAGAUAUUUGGAUGAUCACUCACCAAAACCUAUUAAAGAAGGACUUCGAAUCACCGGUGCCGCCAUGGUUAAUCUGAGGCCAUCACAAGGACUCCAGGAAUUCACUGAAUUAAUGAAAAGUGGUUCAAAAUCAAGGUGGGGAAACAAAUUUGCUCUGAUGCUCUUACCAAUUUAUUACCAUACAAAUGGGUCUGAUCCUUUGCAAUAUUUGAAGAGAGCCAAGAUGAUGAUAGACAGGAAGAAGUUCUCUUUAGAAGCUUUUCUAUCAUACAAAAUCGGUUGCUUUAUUAUGAAAUGCUUGGGACCAAAGUUUGUAAGUUCGAUUAAUUACAGGAUAGCUUGUAACACUAGCUUCACAAUUUCAAAUGUGAUUGGCCCUAGAGAAGAGUUUAUGAUUGCAGGCGUCCCGGUUACCUACAUCAGAACCACGUCUUCAAGCUUACCACAUGCAAUUACUAUGCAUAUGGUGAGUUAUGCAGGAAAGGCAGACAUGCAAAUUCUUGUUGCUAAAGACAUCAUUCCUUACCCAGAAAAAUUAGCAAAAUGUUUCGAAGAUGCGCUGUUAGAAAUGAAGGAAGCUGCAUUGAAAAUACGAUGUGAAUGUUAAAGUACAACACCU